UUUAUUUUUUUGUUCCUUCAACACCACUUGGAAGCAUUCUUCAUUUUCUCCACAAGACUACUGCAUGAAGUGGAAGUGAAAUCCUAGGAGAGCAACCCAGAGGAAACGAAGAUGAAACCCACCUUGCACUUUGUGACCUGCCUUAUCUCAAUUUUAGGAGUCACAAGCCAUGCUGAAUUGAUUAAAGUAAAUGGGGUGGAAGGAGGAAGUGUGAAGAUUGACUGCAGAUAUGGAGAAGGGUUUGAAAAACAUGAGAAAUACCUGACUAAUGUUAGAUGGUCACUGAACAACGUCCUGAUCAAAACAAAUAAACACAACACUGUGAUGACGAGGAGUCGAUACUCUCUGUAUGACAACACCUCAGUGAGAGUUUUCACUGUUACCAUCAAUGAGCUGCGAAUGAGUGAUGCUGGGACAUACUGGUGUGCAGUGAAGAAGGAGCUGGCUGAUGACUACACUGAGGUCAGUCUCACUGUCCAUCGAGGCAGUGCUUCUUCAAGUCUAACAACCACCAGUAAAGCAGGCACUUCUUCUCCAAGUCUAACAAACACCAGGGAAACAGGCACUGCUUCUCCAAGUCUAACAACCACCAGGAAAGCAGAACAAUACACAUCUGAUUUGCCUACAGCUCCCAGGGAAGCCGCUUUCUGCUUACGCUCCAGUCCAGCUUCUAAACACUAAAUCAGAGAUUCGAAAUGAUCAACUCAGUCGAAAAGAGGGACCACUGCCUUGAGAACAAAAUUGAAUAGCCAUUGACUGGUGACAAAGGGAGACAUGCUGACCAGUGGACAUCAAAAGAAAGGAGGAAAAUCGAAGAAUCAGCACAAAGAGAACAAUUUGUCUUCAAGAACUCCAGCAUAAUAAUUAUGAUUACAAAAAACCAACAAACAAUAGAGUGGCUUUGUGGUUAAGGAGUGUAAACCUAAAGGAUGCCAGUUCAAUCCCCAUCCCUGACUUGGUUUGUGAUCACCUCUGCACCAAUUUCCAUCCAUCCAUCCAUUUUCCAACCAGCUGAAUCUGAACACAGGGUCACGGGGGUCUGCUGGAGCCAA